UAAUCAACACAGCAAAGCAAAUAAAUUACAACUAGUAUUGUUGCAUCGGUUCCUCAUGAAUAAAAUAAGUUGGUGUCACUGUCUAGCUGAAUGUAUAUAUGAAAAGGAGUAUUGUAUCUCAAAGCACUAUUACCACAACUACAUACUACAUACAUAUAUUUCUGCUUUUCUUCCGUUUUCAUUAACAUGGCUGAAUCAUUUGUUUUUGAUAUUGCUAAUUCACUCCUAGGAAAGCUUGCUUCUUAUGCUUACGAAGAAGUUUCACGAGCCUAUGGUGUGUACGACGAUCUACAGCAAUUCAAAGACACUUUGUCAAUUGUCAAAGGUAUUCUGUUGGAUGCUGAGUAUAAGAAGGACAAAAUGCAUGGGCUGCGUGAAUGGAUGAGACAGAUUCAAAACAUCUGUUCUGAUGCUGAAGAUUUAUUUGAUGGAUUUGAGUUCCAACACAACAAGAAGCAAGUUGUCCAGGCUUCUAACAGCACUCGGACAAAGGUACGCCACUUCUUUUCAUUCUCUAAUCCAAUUGUUUUCCGUUCUAGGAUGGCAUACCAAAUCAAAGAGAUUAGGGACAGAUUAGAUAAGGUAGCAGCUGAUGGGAACAAGUUUGGCCUAACAAAUAUUGAUAUUGGUCCUGAACUUGUUUUACAAAGGAGAGAAUUGACUCAUUCCCAUGUUGAUGCUUCCGAUGUAAUUGGGAGAGAGAACGAUAGGGAAGAAAUUAUCAAGCUUUUGAUGCAACCAUAUCCUAAAGAUGAUGAUGGUGAUAAAAGUUUGUGUGUUAUUCCCAUAGUAGGAAUUGGAGGCUUGGGAAAGACCACACUUGCAAAGUUUGUGUUUAAUGAUAAGAGAAUGGAUGAUCAACUUUUCCAAUUGAAGAUGUGGGUUUGUAUCUCUGACUACGAUGACUUUGACAUCAAGCAAAUAAUUAUUAAAAUCAUCAACGCUGCUUCUGCUUCCAUUUUCAAUCCAAAUUCAGAUCCACCGAGCGUUACUCUUGAUCACCAAGAAAACAUCAACAACUUGGAUAUUGAGCAACUACAAAGUCGCCUUAGGCAUAAACUUUUUGGUCAGAAGUUUUUGCUUGUGCUAGAUGAUAUAUGGAAUGAUGACCGUGGAAAGUGGAUUGAGUUGAUAAAUUUAAUCAAAGUUGGCGCAACAGGAAGUCAAAUCAUAGUGACAACGCGUAGCAACUCAAUUGCUUCAAUGACAGGUACAAUUCCCUCCUCGUAUGUUUUAAAAGGUCUUUCUCGAGAUGAUUGUUUAUCCUUGUUUGUCAAAUGGGCAUUUAAGGAAGGUGAACAAGAUAAAUAUCCAAAUCUAGUGGAAAUCGGAAAAGAAAUUGUGAAAAAAUGUGCAGGGGUUCCACUUGCUGUCAGAACAUUAGGAAGCUCAUUGUUCUCAAAAUAUGAUUUAAAUAAGUGGAUAUUUGUGAAAGAUUCUGAGUUAUGGGACAUAGUACAAAAGAAAGAUGGUAUUUUACCUGCACUGAAGUUAAGCUAUGAUCAAAUGCCAUCCUAUUUGAAGCAAUGUUUUGUUUACUUUUCUCUUUAUCCCAAAGAUUAUACCUUCAAUAGUAAUGAUAUAGCUAGGCUUUGGGUAGCUCUGAGACUAGUACAAUCUCGAAAUGGAGGUGAAAAUCUAAUGGAUAUUGCAAGAGAAUAUAUAGACGAGUUAAAUUCUAGAUCAUUUAUUCAAGAUUUUAAAAGCUUAGGCUAUUUUGUCACGUUUAAAGUACAUGCCUUGAUACAUGAUCUUGCUCGGUAUGUUGCGAAAGAGGAGUGUGUGGCAGUGGACUCGCGUACUAUGAACAUACCUGAACACGUAAGACACUUAUCCGUUGUUGAAAAUAAUUCAGUAGACAAUGUUUUGUUCCCCAAGUCCAAAAGUUUGAGAACAAUAUUAUUUCCCAUCAAGGUUGAGGGCCUUGACCAGGGAACUUUGUUGGAUACAUGGAUAUCAAGAUACAAAUACUUGCGAUAUUUAGAUUUAAGAUACUCUUCCUUUGAGACUCUGCCUAAUUCAUUUUCUAAACUGAAGCAUUUGCGAUAUCUCGACCUUUGUUAUAAUAAAAAAAUCAGAAGACUUUCUUAUUCUAUUUGCAAACUCCAUAAUUUGCAAGUCUUAAAACUCAUUGGAUGUAUGGGGCUUGAAACAUUGCCUCAAUGGCUAGGGAGUUUGAUUAGUCUUCGGGAAUUGUUUAUAACAACAAAGCAAUCAAUUAUGCCACUCGCAUUAUUUACAAACUUGAACCACCUUCAACUUUUGGUUUUUUAUAAGUGUCAUAAUAUGAAGUUUCUAUUCAGCGAGACACAACGACUCACUUCGGUCGAAACAUUGAUUGUUGAAUUAUGUGGUAGUCUAGUGUCCUUGCCUCUCUUUAUUUUUCCUAAAUUAAAAACUCUGGUAGUUUCAAAGUGUCAGAUGGUAGAUUUGUCAUUGUACAAUGAGAAUCCAAUCCAAAGAUUCAUGAUGAACCAUUUAUAUAUCGCAAGACUUACCGGGCUUCUGACAAUUCCUAGUUGGAUUGAAGGUGUUGUAGAUACUUUAGAGACCUUACAAGUUUAUGAACUUCCCAAUCUUACAACACUCCCCGAGUGUCUAACAACAAUGACUCGUCUUAAGAGACUUUGGAUUUCUUGUUGCCCUCAGUUGUCGAGUCUUCCAAGUGACUUCCAUUGCCUCGCCGCCCUUGAACAUUUGUACAUAUAUGAUUGUCCUGAAUUAUACCUAAAAUGUCAGCCUAAGUCUGGUGAGUACUGGCCGAUGAUUGCUCGCAUGGAAAUCACUUCAAUUGAAAUUCUACAAAGAGAGGUGAAGGAAUGAAGUCGUCUACCCUAGAAGGGUAAGGCAAGGUUGAUGAUAAGGAGCGUGGAAAAUGAAUGUCAGCAAGACCAUUUGGAUUUUCAAAAUGUUUAUAUGUAUGUUUGAUGUAGCCAUGUAGGCAAAGAAUUGAAAGUGACUGUUUUAUACUUCUAGUACUCCAAACAUUUAUGUUUGAAAUAGCAUUUGUGUUUAACUACAGUACAUCUUUCAUAAUAUUUAUUGUAUAUAUGGUGAAAUAAUCGACCAGGAUCAUAGACAACAAGUUCAUGGUGCAUGGAUUCACUAUAAUUAUACAUGUUUUCUUAAGAAAAGUAUGUUCUUUCCAAUAGUCCGAUCUAGACGACUAGGCCAUCGCGACCUUUUCGCAAUAGUCAAAGUGAAUGUCAUCGCGACUGCUUUGAUCAAGACGACUAGGCUAUCGCGGACCUUUUCGCAAUAGUCAAAGUGAACGUCAUCGUGGCUGCUUUGAUCAAGACGGAAAUACCAUCACGAAUCUUGUCGCAAUAGUCAAAGCGAACAUCAUUGCGACUGCUUUGAUCAAAACGUCUAGGCCACCACGGACCUCGUCGCACCAAUCGAUACAACGUCACCAUGACCUCUUUUCUGACCAGAUUGAUCAAAACCCCUAAGCAAGCUGGUCAACCAUAUUCGACAUCACGGUCACACAUUCCAUACAGUAUAAAAUCUGGAACAUCCCGACAUGUUACGCGGGCUUCCCGCAUAAGAGAAAUCUUACAAUACAUAAAUCCUUACGAAAAUACAUUUAAUUGUUACGACAUAACGUUCGGGGCUCACGAAGAGUUCUCAUCUGAUUUCAAAAUCGGAGAGCUGUAUAUAUCACUAUAACGAAAGCAACAAAGAGGAAUAAAAUUCUUUAUUAAUGAUUAACAGAACAAGUACAAAAUGCAAGUACAAGAAUAACAUUGUUUCUAGUUAGCGGAUUUAUGGCCUUCCAAGCGAAGGUAUUCAAGUCAAUCCUCGUCCCAAUCUUCGUCAGCUUUGGAGUCAAAAU